CUCCUUCACCUCGCCGAUGAGGAACCGCUCCAUCCCGUUACCGGCGGUGCAGUAGUAGCGGACGACGCUCCCUCCGGUGUCCGGGUCACUCAUCGUGUUCUACGGGAGGAGGAGCACCUCCUCAUGGGCCAGCUGUUCUCCUCGGAGGAGGAGCUUUCUCAGGCGAAGGACGCGAUUGGCUCCCUGCUCUACGAGGCCAUGUCGGGGGCCGGAGCCGUGCCCGACCUGGGCGUGGUCCACCCGCUGCUCCUGACCAAUCAGCACGCCGGCUUCGACUCCGGGGCCCGCCUCCAGGAACAACUGCGACAGCUGCAGGCCGACGUGGGGAACAAGGCGCCCACGUACCUGAAGGAUCUGAUUGGCCGGCUGUCGUCCUUCACGGAGGAGCCCCGCCUGGCCGGCCUGCUGGGAUUGGCCGUCACCGUGGCGAUGGACAUGGCCUUCACGUCGGCCAAGCGGUCAGCCGGGAGAGGGGGGGCGGGGCCAGCGUCGGGCCAGAGAGUUUGGGAGCUGCAGGAGGUGAUGGAGGAGUACCUGAAGCGCUGCAGGAUCCACCUGAGUGACCGGGGCCGGCUGGUCCAGGACUCCGUCAGACUGGAGGCCCAGCUGAGCCUCACGCUCACCCGGCUGAAGACCAGCCUGCUGGGGGGGGCGGGGGGGGGCUGUGACUCCCGGGCCCUGAGGCACUGGGCCAGCGGAGCGGCCUUCCACACACAGGUGCUGGUCCACCUGGCCGGGCUGGAGGGCCGGACCCACCCGCCUGCUGCUGCGAGGGCCGCGCUGGAGCAGUACAGGGAGGACCUCGCCCAGAUCAUACCCGCAUACAGGCGCUUCAAGUCCAACACGGUGUGUGUGGGGAAAUGUCGCGGCGGUCUUCUGGCGUCAUGUGACCCGUCCGGCGAGCCGCCGGAGGACGGCGCCAUGACGGGUCUCUCCGUGACGGACAGCGAGACGGGGAAGAGCGCCACCGUCCCUCUGGCCGCCAUGAGGGCGGCGACAGGCAGCAGAAGGGCCGCCUCUGGGCCCGGAGGCGUCGACCUGGACCUCAUCACCUCGGAUCAGUACGCCGACGCCUACCUGCACCACCUGUUCUCGGCCCGGGGGCCGGUGGCGGCGCUGCAGGACUACUUCACCUCUUCUGAUGGGCGGGGGACGGAGGAGGCGGGGCCACGGGACGGAGGCCAAUCAAAAGGCAUCGAGGGAGGAGGAGGAGGAGGAGGAGGAGGUUUGCAUCUGAGUGUCGUGGAGACGCAGCCGGACGAGAGAGAGACAUCGGACUGACUUCAGGGUCUCGUUGUAAUUUAUUGGAUUUUUGCCGUGAGAUUAUUGAAAUGCAGUUUAAAUCAAAAGCAAUAAAUUAAAAAAAUAUUGAAAUACUUUAUUUUGCUUUUUUGUUUAUUGUCAAUUUUAAUUAAAAAAAUAAAAAAAUCAAUUAAAAAUGAUUUAAAAAGUGAUUUUUGUUUUUCAAACCAAAAUAAUAUUCCACCAGUUGAAUAUCCAGGAUGUCUAAUCAAUAAAGAUGUUUUAUAAUCUGAUUGUAUUAUUAUAAAUAAAAUCAGA